AUGGUACUUUUUUCUUUACUCGGAGUAAUUGCUUUACUCCUGAGAGAGAGGGAAAAAGUCACCAACAACCCCUCAGGUGAAGAGGAAAAUACAGACCAGAGUGAUGUACCACCUCUGAGGAGUUGUGAUGAUGGAGAAGCCGAUGAUGACUGGAGUGAAGACCUGUCACAAGAGGAACCUAUGAGUGGUCUCCUUGAAGUCGAUAAUGACCAGAGCGAAGACCUAACACUGGAAGGACCAAUCACCAGUCAAACUCAAGUCGAUGAUGAUGACUGGAGUGAUGACUUUCAAGAUUUACUUGGUGAUUUGUCUGAAUGGAGUGCCGAUGUCCUCCGUGCUCUCAACAGUGUUACUAGUGAUGACAUCUUCCAGGAUACAGUGUCUGCCAUGUCCAGCUGUAGCAAUUACUUCUCCCAAGCUUCAGUCUCUCUCAUGUCCGACAGUACCGAUGACUUCCUUUCAACUUGCUGUGACAUGUCUGACUGUAGUGUUGAUGCUCCUGAAGCUAGAGUCUCUCAGACAGAGUACACUGUGCCACCUCAGUCAAGCCAGCCGCAGGAUGAGUCAAGAUUUAUUGACAUAAAUUCAUGCUGUUAUGAAAUCGGCAGUCAGCUGGGUGAAGGAGGCUUUGGUACCGUUUAUGCAGCGACUCGUUUGGAUGAUGGCCUACAGGUGGUGAUAAAGUUUGUCUCCAACUGGAACAACAGGUUCAUCGUCAUUGACGGCUGUUCCGAGCCUCUUCCUCUGGAGGUCGCUCUGUUGAUUCUGGCAAACGAAGGCCCUACGGUGAAGGAAAUCAUCCAGCUUCUGGACUGGCAGGUGGAGGCUGACCACUACAUGUUGGUGAUGGAGCGGCCCAUGCCCUGUGAGGAACUGAACUGGUUUCUCCUCCGGCAAGUGGUGACCCUUAAAGAAGACGUGGCACGGGUCAUCAUGCAGCAGGUAACAUUCGCAGCCCAGACCUUGCAGACGGGAGUGUUGCACAGGGAUAUUAAGAUGGAAAACAUCCUCAUCAACCCGGACACACUCAGAGUCAAAUUGAUUGACUUUGGGUGCGGUGAUUUUCUCACCGAUGCGGCGUACACAUCCUUUGCUGGCACAAGAGAGUACUGCCCUCCUGAAUACCUGAUGAGCGGCCAGUACCACGGAGAACCAGCCACAGUGUGGUCUUUGGGGAUCGUCUUGUUUGCCUUGCUGUGUGGGGAUUUCCCAAAGACACAUGACCUGGAAAAGAUCCGCAGUAACACCUGGACCAAAGAUGGCUUAUCAAAAGAAUGCUGCGAUAUUAUUUGUGGCUGUCUGCAGCUUGACCCGAAGCAGCGGAUUGAGCUGAAGAACCUCAGUCUCCACGACUGGUUCAGUGUGACAGGAAACCAGUGCUGCUUCCAGCCCCAGAAAAUCACAGAAGUGGAGAAAUGUACCUGA